UGCAUUCUCUCGAGAGAUUUUGUAAAUGGAAUUUUAUUUCUACAACGAUUACUCUCUCAUUUUAUUGUUUUUUCUUUUUAAAGUGUUAUGCGAGUUUUGAUUUCUCUCUUUAACUUUUGAUGUCUGAUGUCGGAUCAUUUUUCAUUCAUAAUAGUUGGACUCCUCUGGUUUUUCCUAUUUACCUCUCUAUUAUUAACUGUUCUAUAUUAUUGUUGUUGUUUCCCAGUUGAGGGUUCCCUUCUCAUGCUUUGAUUCCCUGGUUUAUUGCUAUUUUAUCUGAUGAAUAGCUGCCGUUUCAUAUUUCAUAUUUAGGAGAAGAAUAAAAGAGUCAAAUAAGACACAAGAGAAACCUCUCUCCUUAUUGUAGUGUAAAUCCAUUGCAUUGUCUGUAACUCUUUAUCCCUUGACAAUGAAUAUUUUUUGUAUUUUGCAACCUUUGUUUAUGUAAUUUUGGAUGCAGUCUGUGAAUCCCUUCUGACACCAAUGAAAGAUAGAGGGUUGACACUUUCAAUUGUUCUCAUGGGGCUUCAUUGUAUCCUUAUACCUUCUAGAACCUAUCAUAGAUUAAGGGUUAGGGUGCCUUGGUGAAAAUCAGUGUUUUCAAUUUGGAUUUUAAAUUCAUGUUUUUUUUUUUUUUUUGGUAAAAUAGUGAGAAAAUGUCAACUUCAAAACAAGCAGUUAAUGAGACUGCAAAAUGGAGCCAAGUAAAUGUAGACACCCUUAUUGUUCUGAUGGUAGAGGAAGUUAAGAAAGGAAAUAGGACUACUUCGACUUUUAAUAAAGCUGGUUGGAACAACAUUGCCAAUAACUUCAAAGAAAAAACUGGGGUCAACUAUGCCAUUGUACAGUUGAAGAACAAAGUGAACAAACUGAGGCAGGAUUAUAGUCAGUUUAAGAAGCUAUUGGAGACAACUGGUUUUGGUUGGGAUACUGCUUCAAGAACUUGUACUGUUGAUGAUGAAUCCAUCUGGGAAUCGCAUAUUAAGGAUAACCCUACUUGGGCACGAUUUAAGAAGCACGGACUACCACAAUGGCCAGAACUAUGUAUGGUAUUUGGUGAUACAUAUGCAGACGGCGAAGGAAGUGGGACUCAAACAACCGUGUUGGAAACUUUGGGGGCCAAUGAUGCUAGGAAUAUGAUUGAGUCUUGUGAUGAGUCAAGAUCCGCUGAUGAAGUUACUCCAUUAGGUGACACUCAAACUGAAGCAGUGGAAAAAAGGCCAGCUACUAAGCAUAGGCAUGAUAGGACUCCAAAUGCGAAAAGGAGGAGGAGCAAGUCUAAUGAUUGGUCAAUGGCAUUCAAGGCAAUUCAAGAUAUGAGUAAAUCAAGGGUAGAAUGA